AUGUAUCGACAAAUCUUUGUGGCUGCCAACCAUUGUUGCUAUCAGCGUAUUGUUUGGAGAGAAGACGAAAGCACACCUAUCAAGCACUAUGAGCUUUCCACGGUAACAUACGGCACGUCUAGUGCACCAUUCUUGGCAGUGAGAGUCCUGGAUCAGUUAGCUCACGACCACCAACACGAGUUUCCCACAGCUGCAAGGAUCUUGAAGGAGCAAUUUUAUGUGGACGACGUACUGACAGGAGCACACACAGAAGAAGAGCUAAUUCGCAAUCAAAAAGAGCUGAUCCAAUUAAUGAAAUGUGCAGGCAUGGAACUUGGCAAAUGGGUUUCCAAUUCAUCACGUAUCACUGACCGAGCUACUUCUACAACCGAGGUACAAGACAAAGGAUCCAAUCCUACAGCAAAGGUUCUUGGCAUUCAUUGGAAUCCAGAAGAGGAUACGUUAUCCUACAAAGUUUGCCUUACACCAAACCCGGACAACACCAAACGCCAAGUGCUUUCUGACGUGGCACGCAUCUUUGACCCGCUGGGUAUUCUGUCGCCAGUGGUGGUGCAGCUUAAAAUUUUGUUUCAAGAAUUGUGGUUACUGGAUCUCGGCUGGGACACGGAGCUUCCUCCAAAAAUUACUGACUGGUGGAACAAAUGCCGUAACGACUUAUACAUACUUCAAGAACUACGCCUGCCACGAUUUGUAGAAAACAAUGGGGAUCACAUCGAACUGCAUGGAUUCUCAGAUGCCUCCAUUAAGGCAUAUUCCGCAGUCAUCUACAGCAGAGUGGUACGAGCAGAUGGCACCGUAUCUGUUUCACUCAUAGCGGGAAAAACCAGAGUAGCUCCGCUGAAGCAGCAAUCCUUACCGCGUCUCGAGCUCUGUGGCGCUUUGCUACUCAGCAGACUAAUAUUAUCAGUCAAGGAUUCUCUGCAACACAAGAACAUCAAAAUACACGCAUGGUGUGAUUCAACCAUAGUUUUGGCUUGGCUUUCACAUCCACCAUCGAAGCUCAAAACAUUUGUAGCAAACAGGUCUUCAGAAAUACUCGACGCGUUGCCGCGCAGUUCAUGGCAUCAUGUAAACACAAAGGAGAAUCCGGCGGACUGCGCCACACGAGGAAUGCUUGCUGCAGACCUUCUCCAUUUCGACUUAUGGUGGAUGGGACCUUCAUGGCUGCAAGAUCCAGAAAAGCUUUCGGUAAAGUUGAGCUGUACAAAGUUCCGUUCUUCCCUUUCAGAUAAUCCUGGCAAGGAAGAAGUCAAGUCCACCGCAUUAACCACUCAGCAAGGCGGCUCAUUUUCACCAAUCGAAGCGUUGACUCAGCGGGUCUCGUCCUGGACAAAACUGGUUCACGUUGUAGCUUACGCAUUACGCUUCAUCCAAAGGACCAGGGCCAUUAAAACUGUAGCGCUGACAAAUGGGGCAAGACUCACCUAUGAAGAGAUUCAGGCUGCUCGCAUUCUUUGCCUGCAAGAGGCUCAGAAAUGCUUCAUGGAGGAUCGUAAUCUUCUGGCGGAAAAUAAACAACUUCGCAGCCGCUCCCAGUUGAUCAAGCUCUCACCGUUUGCCGGCAAGGAUGGCCUCCUUCGAGUUGGUGGACGCUUGGGCAACUCACAAUUACCAGCUGACGUCAAACAUCCUAUAUUGCUUCCGAAAUCGCACCGCAUCACAAGGAUGAUUUUGGAACACGAACACAUUGCAAAUCUACAUCCAGGAGUGUCUGCUUUGUUUGUAAUUACGCGUCAAAAAUAUUGGAUUUUCGGCGCGCGUAACCUAAUAAGGAACCUGGUACACAACUGCAUAAAGUGCUUUCGCCAACGCAAUAUCACCGAGCACCAAUUCAUGGCCGAUCUACCAGGGAUUCGUAUAACGGAGGCUCUACCCUUCCAGCACUCAGGCUGCGAUUACGCUGGACCAUUCAUCCUCAAGGAAAGGAGAGGGCGCAAUCCCCGAAAAACUAAGGGCUACAUAUGUCUCUUCGUCUGCCUUGUAACAUCCGCCAUACAUUUGGAACUGGCCACCGAUCUUAGCACAGACACAUUCCUGGCAUGUCUUCGGCGUUUCAUGUCCCUUCGAGGAAAAUGUUCGCAAAUCUUCAGCGACAACGGCACGAAUUUUGUUGGUGCCAAACGGGCUCUAGAUGAGAUGCAGCAACACCUAUCUUCGCAGGAGCAUCAACACACCGUAACUCAAUCGUUGGCUAAUGAUGGAAUUAAGUGGAGUUUCAUACCUCCCCAUUCGCCACAUUGGGGAGGGAAGUGGGAGUCAUCAGUACGUUCAGUUAAAUUACAUCUGAGACGCGUUGUGGGAAAAGCCGUUCUAACCUUUGAACAGAUGCAAACUCUGAUUGUUCAGAUCAGUGCAGUGGUAAACUCAAGACCGUUAUGCUACACACCUGACACUGACCUCACCUACUUGUCUCCGGCCCACUUUUUAAUUGGCCGCCCAUUCACAACAGUUCCAGAGGGUGAUCUAACUCAUUUGCCGAUCAAUCGCUUAGACUACUGGCAGCAUUUACAAUCAAUGUACCAGGGCUUUUGGAAGCGCUGGCACCAGGAAUAUUUAACAUCGCUGCAGCAACGUCAAAAGUGGAACAACAAGGAACAUAACAUCGCAGUCGGCAAUGUAGUCCUGGUAAAGGACUCAAAUCUCCCACCCGCAGCUUGGAUUCUCGCCCGUGUAUUGGAGGCUCAUCAUGGACCAGAUGGACUUGUACGCGCUGUGAAACUUAAGACGUCUACCGGAGAGAUGACGCGACCCAUCACCAAGCUAGCUUUGCUGCCUAAUUCAGAAACCAUGUUUCAGGGUGGCCCGGGAUGUUGA